AUGCUCUCUGUAGCCUCCAGAGCAAGCCCCAACGUCCCCCAGACUGUGAUCAUGGCCGAUCGCCGAACCCUCCCACGCUUCGAGGAAGUGGCUCGUGUCGAACAUAAAAGAGGCCGACAGAGUUGCGAGUUGCAGACUGACUCUCGCAAGUGUGCGGCUACCGGCAGGGCUCGAGGCCCCGGCGGCACAUGCGUUGGAAGAUAUUCCCAGAUAUGCCUUGUUGAGGUUUUAAAGAUUGUUAGCCUUGAUGGCUUCAUCUGGGAAAGCGACUCUAUCAAUUUCUGCACGCCUGUGUUGGUUUAUCGGGUUGUAUCUCUACGCCAUCCUAAACUUUCCAGGUCUUCCAACGUCGGCGGGUUUGCUGGCGGAGGAGCACAGCCGUGAUCGCGGGGCCAGAACGACCUCCAGCCUAUGAUCUCGUCGCACACAUCCUACAUAGCUUACCAGUUGGGACCAACAUACUGCCGCCAGACAACCCAGCCGUAAGCUGGUCGUGAAGGGAUCCGUUGCCAGUGGCCACCACGCAGGUGAAUGCCAUACUACAAGUUC